UGGCGCCGGCGCGGUUGAGCGGCUGGCAUGUGGGCGCGGGGACGCUGGCUCGGUCGGUUGCUGCUGCCGUUGGCAGCCGCUCGCGCCCUGAAGGCGCCUUGCCGACGGCUCGGCCCGGGCUCCGCGGGCUGCGGACUGCAGCCGGGGGUGGCCGCUGGCCGGGCUCUGGGCAGCGGCGAGGAGAAAGUGGCGUGCGGGGCACCAGGUCAAACGCUUUCCAACUUCAAUAUUGAUUUUGUUGUAACUUUACUGAGGCAGGAAAAUGCCAAAGACAUUUGUGUCAUUCAGGUGCCUCCAGAAUUUAAAUACAGUGACUACUUUAUAAUUGUGAGUGGAACUUCUACAAGACAUGUCCAGGCAAUGGCACAAUACUUGCUGAAAAUGUACAAGCAUCUGAAACAAGAUGAUGAUCCUUAUGUCCAGAUUGAAGGGAAAGACACAGAGGACUGGAUGUGCAUUGAUUUUGGUAGCAUGGUGAUCCAUCUCAUGCUUCCAGAGACGAGAGAGACUUAUGAAUUGGAAAAGUUAUGGACCCUCCGCUCUUAUGAUGACCAGUUAGCACAGAUUGUUCCAGAGUCAUUACCAGAUGACUUCAUAUUUGGACUCGAAUCUCAACAACAGUGAUCAAAAUCUUUCUUUCAGGAAAAAAAUGUCAUAUGUAUAAUACAGCUAACAGCAUUCACCACUUCAGGAUUUAAAUAAAACUGAAUUAGUUUUUGGUUGCAAA